AUUAUUAUGGUCAAAGGGCCCCCAAAUUAAUUUGCCCCUGGCCCCGAAAAACCUUGGGACGGCCCUGCAUCUGUUGACUGCCGAAAUAAACUCGAUUCAUAAGGAUUAAUGUUGUGGAAAAGGGAGGCCUGAGGGGUUUAAAAACGUAGGCCUACAGAAUUAGUACAAAUACUAUCUACCCUUUCACAAAAAAUAAUUUAUAACCCAAUACCUAUUCAUAUAGAAAUAUUUCGAAAGUACUGUAAACAAUACGGGGGAUCCGUCCCUUUCAUUAGUUUCAUCAUAUUUCCGAAAAAUAAAAAUAAAAAUAUUUAUAGUAAAAUAUUAUGUAUUAAUGUCGGAGGAAUUACUAAUCGGCCUUCGACAGUACUAUUUAGAAAUUUUGUUGGCACUAGUGAAUCAGUCUUUUUGAUCCUCCAAAUUCUUAACAAAAGAUUUAAAAGGUUUAUUUUACCUGUUUGUGAGACGAUUUCACCAAAACUGAUGCGACGUUGCCAGACGUAGUUUUAAAAAAAAUUGCAACAUUGUACCCGUACCUAUAUAAUAACGAUGGUUGCCUGCGCCACAUGAUCAAUUGGAUAAGCUACAAGGACACCCUCAGACGCCAAACAUACCCGCCACUGCUCAUUGUCAUCAGUCAUCAUUGCCCUGGUCACAGCCGUCCCGAAUACCUAUAUACAGUUUUCGACAGCCGCCGCCGCCGCCAUUGCUGUUUUAUUUUUAUUAAAAAUUAUUGGAGGAUAUAUUGAAAAUGGACACCAAUCCCAAUUCAGACACCCAUUUGAAGAAUACACGUGAACUAGAUAAUUUAUCAACAAAAUUUGGCAAAUUAUCAUUGGCUGAAGCUCAACAAAAUAAUAACCAAUUAUUAGACAAUAUUAAAAUGAAGAGCUCUGGUAAAAUAAAAUUACCAACACCACGUAGUUCUAUUUUGCGUCCAAUGCUUAAAAUUUAUUCCGUGGAAAAAAUUGAGUCUUUUGAUUACAUCGACAAACAUCUAUAUUAUUUAAACCGUAAUAUAUACCAGUCAUUUUUAAGACGCAGAGUGAAAGUCUCUCCAAAGACUACAAACGAGUUGAUAAUUCAUUUAGUAGCCUUUCAGACAUUUGUCAAUGAUCAUGGUAAGUUCUUAGUUGGUUGCAAACAAUGGUCUACUGUUGUGGACUACGUUUUUAUGGCAUGGAAACAUGUGGACAAUAUGCCAAUAGAUACUAGUCUUAUGCAUGAACGAGCACGCAGAAAUUGUUUUUGUUUAUUGUUAAAAUAUUGUAUGAUAGCACUCAUUAAACUGAAAAACACAUUUAGCAAAGAGAAAAAAGAACAUUGUUUUAAAAAUUUGAAAUUACUAUGCGACACCAGCCAAGAUGACAUUGUGAAGAAUAUCCAAGAAAUGUUGUUUCAAAUAUAUUUAUAGUAUUGAUUUUCUAGAAUAAUUAAAAAUUAUAAUAAUUUUAUUGUAAAUUACUUUGUGUAUUAUUAUUUACUUGAUUUUAUAUUUAUAUAAUGUUAUAAUAAUUUUUUGAUAAUGAUUGAUUGAUUUGAAUUCUAAAGUAAAUUUAAAUUUUAUUUUUGUUAUUUAAAUUUAAAACAAUGUUUCUAUUAAAAUGUUUUUGUAAUAAUAA